AUGAACGCCAUCAAGCGGUACUUUCUACGGCAAAGACUCCAUCUCCCACAAUUCCUUGUAAACCAAAUCCGACGUUACGUAACUGCCGGUGGUGUUGGCGGGCAGAACGGGAUCUUUCCUGGUUGAUAGCGACGCUGAGGGCCAUUGUGUUAUUCUGUUGCAGCACAUUGAGAAGAAAUCCAUUCAAGACUCGCUACCCCGGGAUUUUUUGGUAGUUUUUUUUUAACGGCACGGACCGGUCCACUCGUCCAGAACCACCCGGCCCAGUUUUCUCGGUGUCCCCUCGGCCUCCCGACCCGCCGUUGAAGCUCCCCGAAUCAUUCUCCGCAGAGGUAAGGCUCGUUAGCUAACACAGGAGGGAACAUACGCCAGCCAUGUUGCCCUCUGGUCGCGGGGGCAGGCCGCCUGGGUCGGUUUUCGUGCCCCGUGUUUGGUAGUUUGUCUGAAUAUGACGGUUAAAGAGAGUGGGGGAAAAUGUCCGUGUGUGUGUUUUUCCGUACGUGGAGCUUUUUCAUGCUGCACGCGAGGCUUGCAUACAGCGCGUGCAUGCGUGAUAGUCGGCACGCUGGAUCUCCAAAGGUUCUCCACAGAAACACCGGGAACCUUUCGGGGUACGUUGCGAACUUUGAGUCCUGAUCACCUGCAACUUUACCUAAAAUUUCACGGUUAAUGAGAGUUAUCGGCCUCUGUAAGUGUUUUUUUCCCUCGUGGAUCGAGUCUGAAAAUCACAGACAUGGAAGGGGGCGUUUUUCUUCAUCACUGUCUGUGAACACAUUAACCGACGGGACAUUUAAGUCGCUCAUACGUGGGGAUACACGGGAGUAAAAAACACGAGUUAGUGAAUAAAAAGGUGGUUUAUGUCCACGGAAAGGACAAAAGCCCACAGAGUGAAACAUUAACACGGUAACAUGAGUGGCCUGGCCUCUAAGUAUGCUGGGCUGCAGCCUGCAGAGAGGGGCGGGGCUCAUGGUGGACUCUUAAUCCCGCCCACCAAUGAUGAUUGAUGUGUUUUCUGUCCAAUCUGAGCGGGCUCAGCUCAACGCAAACUGCUUUUAUCCAAUAGUUUGUGUCUUAAUGUUAAUCAAUGUUUUAAAUUCAGUGACUUGAUCGUGUAUUGGCUGUAUUUGGACAGUGAAUAUAUCACAUAUUAAUGCAAAAAUUAAAGGGAUAUUCCGGCAUGAAAUUAAGUUAGGGUCUAACACACCGAGUUAGACCCCCCCUCCAGAGAUGAAUGUUGCCGACCGCUUGCUUCUCUAGUUAUACCAACUUUAGUAACGACCGCAGGAUAGAAAUACAGAGAGCCACGCGCUCAACCAAAACGCCACUCUAUAGCCACAAAUAAUGCUCAGAACAGCACCUAACUUCAUCAACAGGACAUAUAGGGUCCCAGCCAUAGUACUAGACACCAAACAUCUUUUUAACUUUGACUCAUUUCUUUAGCAAAGAGACUAAACACAACUCACCUACUCUCUUCCAGCAGCCGCUUGUUUGUAGCGAGACCUCAGGCCAGUCCAUUACAGACUACAGCGGGGUGACACAGCUCAAGGAAGAACAUUUAUGAUUAUUUCUUCAUGGAAAUACAAUCAGACCGAGACGCUAAGACAGAAGAACUACCGUGAUUACUUCAAGGAAAUGAUAAAGAUAUAAUCAUAAAUGUUCUUCCUUACGUUACGGUGUGUUUGACCCUAGAUUUAUUUUACGCCGGGAUAUCCCUUUCAUGCUAACAAAUGUUUAAAAUUCUAAAUAGUUACUUUAUCAUGUAUUUGUGUGUAUUUGGACACUGGAUAUAUCACAUAGUAAAGCAAACAUUAAAUAGUUUAAAUGAUUAUGUCUGACAGUAAUUACUUAUAAGAUUCUCAGACAUGAAACACUAAAAAAAACACAGUUGGACACAGUUACUGUUUCAGAAAUGUAAAAUGGUUCAUCAGGUACGGAGCGUGCUGUUGGAUAUCCGACUGUGAAAGGUGGUUGGAGACACCAGGAAUGUGGUCAGGCCUGAAAAAGAGACCCUUAGAAAACUGUAGGUGGAGCAGUUGUGAACAAACAUGGUGUAGGAUUAGCAGUAUCAGAAAUGUUCUACUGUGUAAACUAUAUUUUAUCUCUUUAUAUGUCAAUGUUUUGUUGAUCACUCAGCCUCCAAGAGACGUCUAAUUUAAGGAUGAAACUCUGGCGUGUUCAAACUCCAGCUUCAUUAUCUAUCGAUGUCAGUCUGACUUCGUGUGAUUCCACUCAGACUGAAUUGUUUACACGUGUUGUUAAAUCUAGUUUCAGUCAUUCUAAGACAAUAAAUCGGAUUUUGUUGAACGAGAUGUUGACGAAGUGAAUAUCUAAAAGAAACCCAAACCUUUAGCCUUACUGACAACAACACCACAAGGGUCUGAAGGAUGCAGUCCUGAGAGCACAGCCUCCAGCUCUGCAGACUUAUAAAACUGUUUCAUCAGAGUGGUGAGGAUACGUCACAGAUCCAUCUGUUGCUUCUCCCUCCAUCACAGGCUCCCUCAGCAGACGUCAAGCUGGCGACCGUUGCAGGAAAGAAAGGCAAGAAGGGCGAGGAGGAGGAGCAGCCUGCAGCUCCCGCAGCUGAACCAGCGGCAGCACCCCCACCUGCAGCUCCGGCGGCAGCGGCGACAGCAACAGCGGCCGCCGCACCAACGGCCGCCACCGCACCGGCUGCACCAGCUGCACCACCAGCCGAGGAGGAGGAAGAGGAGGAGUAUGUGGUGGAGAAAGUUCUGGACCGCCGAGUGGUGAAGGGCAGGGUGGAGUUUCUGCUGAAAUGGAAAGGUUUCUCAGAGUGAGUAUGGGUCCGCUACUUCUAGAUACGGGGCUUGAUUGUUACUUUUACUGCAUCAGAAAUUAUGUCACAGAUUAAAAAAUCCAAACAGUUAUCAGACGUCUCUCCUAUUUUACAAAAGAGUAUUAUUUCUCUAUUUUUAUCAUGAUAGAAACAACUGAGAGCAAAGUUACCACACAUGAACAUUUGCACUAGAAAUAAAAAAAAAACAUUAAAACUUCAAAAAAGACAAAAUCAAAAGGCACCAAGGUUGAAAAAGACUUAAACUUUAUUAUGUCCCAAAAAUGGGUAAAUCGUGUUGCAGCAGGCACAGACAUUUAAAACACUGACAUACAUCAUAAACAGGAAAUGAAUAAAAUAAAAUACAUUUACAUAAAAAAACAGUUCAGGAGGUAAAAAAAAAAAAAAGCAUUAAAGACGAUAAAGAAGGUAAAAAGAAAAGCAUAUGUCAGUCAUACCAGUAUUUUUUGCAUGAACAGAGUGCUUAAAAUGCAGAAACAAAGUUCAAUGUGCAGUUUGCGUACCAAUAAAAGACCCCCAGAUGAAGCUUGAUCUAUAAUAAAAAUAACAAUAUACACUAAUAUCUAAUAUCAGAAACAGUUAUCUCCUCCUGCAGGAAUCAUGUAGGGCGCUGAUAGAUUCUGGGAUGAAGGAAUUUUUAUUCCUGACAACAAAGAGAAGACAGAAAAUCAACUUUUAUUUCAAAGUAGGACUUUUGAAAAUGUGACUGAAGUUUUUUCUGCUUUCUCCACAAACGGAUCACUUUAAAGAAGUUGAAUAAACAGACUCACUCUAAGUUAAAAGAGUUAAAUAGUCUUAAUUCUCUGUGCUUGAUGUUUCUAAUCACAAAAUUAUGUUGCAGCGACCUGAAGGUAAGGCCACAUUACAUUACAAUACAGAUCCAUUUUUAAAUACAGAGUCCUGAUCCCUUUUACAUGUUUAAAUAAUAUAAAUUAGAUUAGGAUUUUUUUAUGCUAUGAUGCAAAACAGACUUCUGACUGUCAUUAGUUACUGGACUGAGCUGUCUCAGUCUGGUGGAUUGUGCUCUGAUGUGGUCCGGUUUCUCUGGUCCAGAGAGGAUGUGUUAGAGCAGCUGCGUCAGCUCUUUAUAGGGCGAUCAAACCACGACCGCCCUCUCUGUCACUGACCGCUCCAUCACUAGACGUCCUGCUGUAUUGGUAGUAUUAACCCAGUUCUGUGGUUACGGCCUUGAAGAACAGUAUUGACUAUAAUACAUGUGUUCUUCUUCAAAGUUUAUUUUUAUUCAUUUAUUGAGUUGAUCUUCAUUAGGAAAAUGGAAACAAAUCAACAUCAGUCUAAAUAUGUCAGAGUUAGCACAAUCGGUACAGUUCAUCCAUCCACCUCUGAAUAGAAGCCACUAUAACACACACACACACACACACACAAACAAAACUCAACUCAACUUUAUUUAUCAUUUAGCUCUUCACAAACAACAGAGUUGAUCCAAAGUUCUUCACAACAACACAGAGAAAAAAACAAAAGAAGAAGAAGAAGAAGAAGAGCAGACAGAGUGACAGUAAUAAUAACGAUAGCGAUAAAAUUUUUGUUUUCAAUACCAUCACUAUCAUCAUCAUCAUCAUUUAUAAUAGUAAUCAUAAAUAACAAUAAUAAAGCUCUAUAAACACAACAUUUAAAAAAAAAAAUUUACCUUGUUUUAAACUUGUUUUCAUGGAUUUUCGAUCCCCCGACAAAGACUGAGGCGCCGCCGUCUCCACAGAGACUGACUGUUCUUCUUUCUCCAUGUGUCGUUCCUGCAGCGAGGAUAACACAUGGGAGCCGGAGGAGAACCUGGACUGCCCAGACCUCAUCGCAGAGUACAUGCAGAAGCACAAAGAGAAGGAGGAGAAAAAGAGGGAGGGGAAGAGGAAAGUAACCAGCGAAGCCUCCGGAGACUCCGAGGAGCGAGGGAGCAAGAGGAAGAAAGAGGAGGUGAGUGAAGAGGAGAGAGGCUGCUAACAUGGACCUCAAUAGAGACAAAAACUCAUGACACACAGUCGCACACGCAGUUAACAUUCCUCCAUCCUGUCUUCAGGGCGAAAAGGCUCGAGGUUUCGGCAGAGGUCUGCAGCCGGAGAGGAUCAUCGGAGCGACGGACUCGAGCGGAGAGCUGAUGUUCCUCAUGAAGUGGUGAGUUUGAGAUCAUGUACUCUUCUCUCAGGCAGGGAUGGGACUCCUCGAUUAGACUGUUCCUGAGACGCUCAGUCUGUUCUCUGUCCUGUCUGAUUUACAGACGAACGUGGCGCUCUGUAUUUGUUUCUGUUUGUUUUUAUUUUCCACGAUGUAAACACGCUCCAAAGUCACGAACCAGCUGACAGGAAACGUCUCAAACGUGUUUAACUAAAAACCAACAAAACAUCGAGGCUUCGAAGAGUUUUCUAAAGAUCCCAAACUUUUCUAUAAGAGGCUGUUAAAAAGAUUUAUCUCUGUGUUUGGAGGUUUAUAUAAGAGUAAGAAUCACUUUUUUAUCCUCGAAGGGAAAUUCAAUAAUCUAAUGUUUACUUUUAUAGAAACAAAGUUGGUUCCUUUGAGUUAAGACGAAUGUUCAUGACCUCUGAUAUGACACUUUUUGGCGUUGGUUAUCUCAUCCUCCUCUCUCCUCUCCUCUUAUGAACAGGAAAAACUCGGAUGAGGCCGACCUCGUCCCCGCCAAGGAGGCCAACGUCAAAUGUCCCCAGGUGGUCAUCUCUUUCUACGAGGAGCGUCUCACCUGGCACUCCUACCCCACCGAGGAGGAGGAGAAGAAAGAGGAUGAGAAAAAGGACUAG